AUGGCUGCCUCUAGGAUUCUUCUGGUUCUUCUCCCUGUAGCCCUGCUGGCCCUGACCUCAGCUCAAACGGCCGAUGAAGAUGAUGAAAGUUCUCUUCAAAAGCAAGAAGUCCUUGAAGCUGAAGACGACAACAGGCACCAUGAUGGUCUACAUGCAGCGCUAGAUAAAAUAAAGAACAAUCUUCAAGAUGAACAAAAUCAUCAUGGUAAGGCGGCCAUCAGGUCCAAGAGAGGGAAGAAUGGCCAAGGUCGUAAUCAAAGCUCUGGUGAUGACAUCGUGGGAGGCCAGGAUCGUCAGAGUGGAAACCAAUCAGGAGGAGGUGACAAAGGAGGCAGUGGUCGCCAAAAAGGCCAGAAAGGAAAAGGUGACCAGAAAGGCCAGAAAAACAAAGGAGGCCAGAAAAACAAAGGAGGCCAGAAAGAAAAAGGUGGCCAGAAAAUGAAGCGUGGAAAAGGUGGCCAGAGAAGCCAGCAGGGUCAGUACAACAGCAGUCUCAAUGACCAAAGAAAACGAGAAGCAGCUAAAGAUGGGCUCCAAUGA